AUGCGUUUGAGUAAUGAAGUUGCGCUUUCUGUUUUCAACAUCGAAGAAGACAAAAGAGUUGUCAAGACCCUUACACUCAGUGCAACAACAAAACUUACAACACGACUCGAUCCUGAUGAACUUAUUUUGAACGCCGAAUCUAUUGGUGAAGGUUCUUUUGCUGUUGUGUAUCUUGGUUUAUUCCGAGGAAAUGCUGUAGCUGUAAAGAAGAUGAAGGACAUAGCAAAUCCUCAACAAAUUGCUGACUUUGAAAAGGAGAUAGUGAUGAUGGACAAAUUUCGAAGUGAGUAUAUCAUACACUUUUACGGAGCUGUGUUUUUCACAAACAACGUGUCUGUUGUUACUGAAUAUGCCGAAUAUGGGAGUUUUGCAAAUCUGAGGAAAAAAGACAACGAAAAGAAUGUCAUUAGCGUUUCCAUGAAGAUUCGAAUCAAAAUAUUGAAAGAUGCGUCAAGAGGGAUUCAGUAUUUGCACACAAACGGUAUUCUGCACCGAGAUGUUAAGCCGGAUAACAUCUUAGUUGUCUCAUUAAAAGAUGAUCAAGUGAUUAAUGGGAAACUGGCUGACUUUGGAAGUGCAAGAAAUACUAAUAUGAUGAUGACUAAUAUGACAUUCACAAAAGGUAUUGGAACACCAAAAUACAUGGCACCUGAGGUACUUGAAGGUCUAAAACAUUACAACAAACCUGCAGAUAUCUAUUCGUUCGGUAUAACCAUGUAUGAAGGAAUAACAUGGAGAGACCCCUAUCCAAAAGAGAAUUUCAAGUUUGCUUGGUGUAUAGCUGAAUAUGUUGAUAAGGGAGGCAGACCAGAAAGAGUUGAAUGUCUGACAAACGAAAUGUAUGGAAUUAUAAAUGAAACGUGGGAUCAAGACAAACAGAAAAGGAUUAAAAUAGAUGUGUUGGUGGAGAAGCUUGAAACAUUGUACACAACAAUUUGA